UUUUGUUCGAUACACUCUUCAUAUCGUAUAUGCACCAUCUCUAAUUGUUGUCAAAAAAAACACAAAAUUAUUCGUGUUCAGCAAACAAAUUUAAUAUUGAAAAUGGCCAAUCCGAACGUACCAAGAGGAGCUUUAAACUUACAGAACGUGCUGAAAUAUACAGUACAAAAUACCGACCAAAAUGCGGAGGAAAAACCAAUCGAGGCGGCAGAUGAUGUUGAGAAAAAACAGUUUUUGGAAAGUGCCCUCAGUGCCAUGACUGAUGCUCCGACCGCUCUGAAAGCAGCUUUAGUUAUUUUAAAUAGUGAAGAGGCCACCACAGACGACAAAUUGGAGAGCCUAGAUGUUAUUAGAAGCCACAUUGAUGACAUCGAUAAUGCCAAUGCCCUGGUGAAGCUUGGAGGAACCGUAACUUUACUGCGCUACGUAAAGGAUUCGGAAAAUGAAAUAAGAGUUUCGGCACUCAAUACGGUUGCUGAAAUGGCACAGAAUAAUACGUUUUGUCAAAAUGCUCUCAUAACCGAGAAAUUCCUGCCCGUACUCACCAAAAACUUGAGUGAAGUGAAUGAAGAUGUUGUGCGAAGUUCCAUUUAUGCGAUUUCAUCGCUAAUACGAAACUUUCAGCCGGGAUACGCAGAGUUCAAGCGCAUCAAGGGUAUCAAGGCCUUGGUACCUUGCCUAAAGUCCUCCAAUUCGAAUAUCUACAUAAAGGCAGCCUUUCUUAUAGCUUCAAUAUCUCGCGACAAAAAUAUCCGAGAUGACUUUGUCAAGGCAGAAGUAUUCCCUGUGCUCUUGGAGAAUCUGAGGCCUGUUAUAGAGUUUGAUGUCAAGCAGGAAACUACACUCUUUGCACUGUCGUCUCUGUCCUUGGACUCGGAACUGAAACUUUCUACAGAAAAACGCAAGGAAAUAUUGUCUAUACUCCAGCAAAUUAUCUCCAAAAACAAACAGACGGAAAACUGCGAGGACAUUGUUAACUAUGCCAGAAAUAUUGUUGACAACUUGAGUGCACGAUGACCGAGUUAUAAAUACGAAUAAAUUAUAAUUGUUAACUAAA